CCCUGUCUGACUAAUACGAACAGGCUGCGGCGACUGAUAUUUUUAGUCUUCUGAUAGCGAGAACGCACCGAACCUAGUUUAAUCACAUUAUCUGAAUCACAAAAUGGCUUCCGAGAUAGCCAAGUCAGCAUGGAAGGUCAUUCCCAUGUUUCAUUCCACAUCAGUUUCCCUCACCGUCCGAUUCUAUACUGAAAUCCUCGGGUUCGAGCUCGGCGGUGUCAAACCCGAGGAUGGCACGUCCGAGUUGUGCUUUUGUUCGGUUUUUAUUGGCAAAAAGGCCGAGGCAAAUUUCUACUUCUCGAAGGUUUCCGCUGAAGAAUUCAAACCGUCUGAGGCGAUGAUUGCACUAGGGACCCGCGAAUUGGAUGAGUAUUACCAAUACUUGAAGGGUCACAAAGAGGUGCAAAUUGCCCAAGACAUUGAAGAUAUGGAAUGGGGCUUUCGACAGUUUACCAUUAAGGAUAGCGAUGGGAAUCGGCUGACGUUCUUCAAAUUCUUGGAGGGAGGGAAUCCGGGUGAAGAGUGAGGGGUUGGUUCCUGUUGUCCUUCUGGGGAUACUUGUUCGCUACAUUGAUAUGUCAUGUCGUCUCAUUCGUCUUCUACUUUUCUCCCUUGCUUUUCACGGUCGGGCAACAGAUGUGAAGGACGACUCCAAGUUCAGUAUGGUUUGUUUAGGCAUUAUUCUAAGGCUCUGAAGUACGCACAAGCAUCUCUGAGUUGGCACUUUUAUCAAAUGGAUAUCCCCCAUACUGCCAAGAACUUCAAUCCGAGAAUAGUGGAUAAAGUCUCUCCAGAAUGCCAAAAACUGACUUGAGAGGUAAUCCAGUGUAGAUCACUCGUUUGUCUAUGCUGGGUCUACGUGGUUGAUAUAUACAAUGUACCUUAGUUAUUUUCCUGUUCCAUUGCACUCUUAUGACAACCUUCCCUCGUCUUUGAAGGAGCUAAUGCUUUUGCUAUGCAGAAACAUUGUUUUUCCUUUAUGAAACAAGCCUCAAGUCCAGCCUCUGUAGAUCUCAUUACAUUUGGGCACUUUGUAUAAGUGUCGAAGUAACUAAGAACAACGAUGGAUGCUAUUUUAGACCCGCUUGGUAUCUUAAAGAUAGUAUUCUCAAAUACACGAGUCUAUAUGAAAGAAGGCAAAACUGUCCGUAAGACAGAAAAGAAUACCCACAGAUUAUU